AUGCUAGCCAAGUCUUUCCUCCUCAUCUGCGCCGCGGCCACUACAGCCGUUGCAGACAACAACCUCCAAUUCAUCUACGACACUUCCUCUUUCUCCGCCAUUCAAGGCUCUGGCAGUGGCGCCACCGCUGGUUUCGCCAUUGGUGACAACAGUGGAAAUGUUUUCUACAGCAGCUCCGACCCCGGUGGCUAUUCUCCCUGUAUGUCAAACAGUGAGAAGAUCGAAAUCACUUCCGAUUGCUGGGAUGGCACCUGGACCUUUGGGUGUACCUCCAAGUUCGAUGGCAACCCCAAGGAGUGCUCGGCCUUCGCUCCUGAUGGCACUUACUAUUCUGGAACCGCCAAGUCCAGUCUGUCAUUCAUCGGAAUUGCCGCUGGGUCUGAUGGCUCCUGCAGUGGAGGCUUCUAUGCUCCCAGUGAGAGCUGCUCCUCUGACAGCACUUUCACAGUCACUAAGCGUUACCGUGGUGACUACUCUGGCUGA